AUGAAAUUAGAUCAUGGACACCGCUGUGGGACGAACAAUAGUUUGGUUGAGCUCUUCCUACUGCUCGAUAACUCAUCGCCGACUUGUUCCUCCCUAACUUAUCCCAAAUACCAGAUCCUCCAGAACAACUGCUUGCGAAUCGCUGAAAGCGACGGCGAUAGCGACGCUUCAGCGGAAUCGACUGGAAGCAUAAAAACUCCGGCAACUGCAAUGGACCACCACGCAUUCUGCUUCACGACCUCGCGCAUACAGGCUAUGAUCGCAAAUACCAUGGCAACGAGCUUUGUCAGAUUGAGGAUGAAGGCUCGUACCGUGGCAAGGACCUCUGUGAAGGGGAACACUCAGGCUGGAGAAGCAAGGAAGGAGGAUAGGAAAGCGAAUGUUAAGGAACUGAGGGAAUUCCUCAAGAACGUGAAGGAGAGUCUAGACUUACAGGUCUAUUACGAUCUAGGAAUCAGGCGCGGGGCAGGUAGUGCAGUAAAUCACUACAAUAGCAAGCUUAUCAACGUCGUUCAAAAAUUCUUGAUUCAAACAAAGAAUCUACUUUGGAUAUAUGUUGAGGAGGCUCGACAAGGCCUUGUAAAGCACUACCAUAUCCAUAAGAGUUACAGCGCGAGAGGUGGAACCAAUGACUUCGGUAAGGUCACAAGCCACAUGCUGUGGUGGUGUUUGCAGUUACGGAGCUCGCCUCGCUCCAUCAUCUGCUUGUAUUCACGAACUACCGCCGCCUAUGAUCUUCAUAUGCUCCCUGUGAUCGUCCAAUCACCUCGGUUCCUCAUAAUCUCUGCGCUCCUCGAAGGCCUCACAGGUGGUGAACCCAAAUCCAAAAUCAAUUCCUGAACAUGUUGACGCUAACAAAUGAGAGAGAUCUACUCUUCUGGCGUCCAAGGCUCAAAGUAGUUUCGCGAAACUAAUCCUUGGCCGAAUUUAUCGUCAUCCCAGUAUUCCUUCAAUGCUUCGCCAUGCUCUUGACGACCAAUUUGCUGGAAGAGACCAUGGAUCUCUGGAUUUGGGCGCCAUUCCCCGACUUUCCACCAUAUCUGGCGAGCAUCGCACUUGACUUCUCCAGGAUUUGUGGCAAAUGCCGCUCCUCCAGGAAUAUAGUAUGCCAAUCCCCAUGCAAGGUAGUCUGGACAGAAUUCCUUGGGAGGCAUAAAGUAGUCGAACGCUUCA